AUGAAGAUCAUCUCCAACGUUGUUCGUUUUGGUCUGUGUAUCAGAAUCUUGCAUAGCGCUACUCGUCUCAACUGCCAAGAUACUGUUUCAACAGAUCGUAUCGAGCUCCAAGGCGUACCUUCGGAAUGCCCUGGCGGUAGAAAGAGGGGUGCUGCUGCCGCCGUCGCCUUUCUGGCCAAGAGGGCCAAGACCGCCUCCGCCGCCGUCGCCACCACCACCACUGAGAGUGAGGAGGGUGAGAAGGGCAAGGAGGAUGAAGAGAUGGGCGACAACACCGCUCCCCCCCUCCGCGACCUCACCGAGGCCGAAAGGGCCUUCGAGAAGCAGCUCGUCGAGGAUAUGGGCCCCCUCAAGGCCAACAGAGAUGCCGCCGUCAAGCAGGUCAGAGACCUGAGAGAGCAGCUUGCUGCUGCUGAAGAGACUGAGACUGCUGCCAUCGCAGCACUCAAGGCUCACAGAGGCAAGUUCGUCGUCCUUAGAUCGUAGUUUGAAAAAUGAAAUCUUGCUCCCAACAUUUGCUCUGUUUGAUUGGCAGAG